AUGGAGGUAGAAAACAGCACAGUGGUAACAGAAUUCAUCCUCCUUGGUCUGACCCAGUCUCAAAAUGCUCAACUCCUGGUCUUUGCGCUUGUCUUAAUUUUCUACCUCAUCAUCCUCCCUGGAAAUUUCCUCAUCAUCCUCACCAUAAGGUCAGACCCUGGCCUCACUGCUCCUCUCUAUUUCUUCCUGGGCAACCUGGCCUUCCUGGAUGCCUCCUACUCCUUCAUCGUGGCUCCGAGGAUGCUGGCGGACUUCCUCUCUGACAAGAAGGUGAUCUCCUACCGAGGUUGCAUCACUCAGCUCUUCUUCUUGCAUUUUCUCGGCGCAGGGGAGAUGUUCCUUCUUGUUGUGAUGGCCUUUGACCGCUACAUAGCCAUCUGCAGGCCCUUACACUAUUCCGCUCUCAUGAGCCCCAGAACCUGCUAUGCCUUGUUGCUGGCGCUGUGGCUUGGAGGCUUUGCCCACUCCAUUGUACAAGUGGCCCUUAUCCUGCACUUGCCUUUCUGUGGUCCAAACCAGCUGGAUAACUUCUUCUGCGACGUCCCGCAGGUCAUCAAGCUGGCCUGCACUGACACCUUCGUGGUGGAGCUCCUGAUGGUCUCCAACAGCGGCCUGCUCAGCCUCCUGUGUUUCCUGGGGCUUCUGGCCUCCUACACCGUCAUCCUCUGCCGCGUGAAGGGGCACUCCUCAGAAGGGAAGAACAAGGCAAUCUCCACAUGCACCACCCACAUUAUCAUCGUGUUCCUCAUGUUUGGACCUGCCAUCUUCAUCUACACACGCCCCUUCCGGGCUUUCCCGGCUGACAAGGUGGUCUCCCUCUUCCACACAGUCAUCUUCCCUUUGAUGAACCCUAUGAUUUAUACGCUUCGCAACCAGGAAGUGAAAGCUUCCAUAAGGAAGUUGUUAGGUCAGCACAGAGUUUGCUGA